GCACACCCCUUCCACCGUCCCGGCAGUCCUCGGUCGCCUGCCAAACGACCUGGGUUCGGUGGCCCCCGGCCUUUUUCUCCACCCCGCAGCUGGCUCAUUCAUCGAGCCCUGAGCGGCCGGGUGGGUGGGGUCCAGGCGGGGGCCCGAGUCUGCGGAGGUCGGCGUAGGAGGACCGCACACAGGAGAUGACGCCUGAACCGGCCUGGAGGAAUGAGCAGGGACGCUGCACGUACGGCCUUAUCCGCAUUGUCAUUGAGUCUUCAUAGCACGCAUGGUGAUGGAUACCGGUAUUCUGCCCGUUUUAUAAAUGAGGAGUCUGAAGCCCCAGCAAUUUUACUUUAGUCAUACAAUAAAUGGUAGGGUCAGAAAUUGAAUGCCCAAGCCUAGACUCAACCGUACCGCUGCACUGCCUCGCUAAUGAUGUAAGUGACGUGUUUGACAAAUGUUCUUUGAACAUCUUUUGUGCUCAGCUCUAUUCAUUGCCCUCCCCAAGGUGAUACAGGUAGGUAGAAGCCCCAGCCCCUACAUUCUAGGUUUUAUACACCUGAACCAGUCGACUAAAGAUGCAAAGUGCUCCAGUGAGUGGUACAGGCUGUUCAGAGGAGGGAGAGAUGACCGUCAGCUGGAGUUGUUGAAUACACCAGGAAAGAAGCCGAUUUGAGCUGGCUGUGGUUUGGAAGAUCAAGAGAAGGAUGCUCCUGGUCGGGAACAGCCAAAGCAAAGACUCACAGGAUUCUACCCUGCCCCUCAGCUCUGCAUCUGAUGGCUGGGAUCCCAGGAACCUUGUUGUCCUAAGCUUGUUGGAAUUCCUGUGAUUAUCAUAUGGACUCUUCCCCUGGCCUCACCACUGUCCUAUAUGUUGGGGUUGUUCUAACUAAGGAAUCCUGGUUUGGACACCUGAGUAUCAAGUUCUCUUCCUGAGGAAUUCUCCAAUCUUUGUGGUGUGUGGACUCCAUUUGGGGUAUCUCUUUUUGGCACAGUAAUCUGAUAGGCAUGAUAUUUCCAUUUUCAGAAGUAGUUCCUGCUGCCUCUGUUUGGAACCAUCAAAACUAUACCUGAAAGUGUCUCCUGGCCUUGGAGUACUCAGGUUCACUUGGACUCUGCUUCAUUCUGGAAAUAUGUGGGCUCCAGCUCAGGCAGUGGCAAAACAGGCCAAGCUUAGAGACCUCCCAGGAAGGCAAAACCCCCUUUCCUUCACCCACGAAACUGGACUCAUCUUGUUGGAUAUGAGACCUUUUCCUAACUUCUUCCAUAUAAUAUUCAGAUGACUGACUCUCAGAGUCACUUGUCCUGGCACACCUUCAUCCCUGGCACCCUCCACUGUCUCUUCCCCAGUCCUGCGGAAGCUACUCCUUAGCCCAGGCCCCAAAACAGAAUGGUCCCUGUGGCAACAGCCAGUGUUGUUUCAGGAGGCAGCGACAUUUGAGGAUAUGACCAAAGACUGGAAGUACUUCGAAGCCUCUCAGAAGGACUGCUACAGAGACACAAUGCUGGACAGUUAUGAGAAUAUGAUCCCACAGGGAUCUUUCUUGCAAUUCUCCAUGAUGCCACAGAGAGCUGGAAUUGUUCCACCUGGUGUUUCAAAUACAAGUGAAAUGGAAAUGGAGAUAAGUGACAUGAGAGAGAAGUUUCUUACAAGCGUAACAAAGUUGGUAGAAAGCAAAAGUUACAACAGCAAGGUAUUUUCCAAAGAAAAGUACUUUCAAACAAUAAAGGAAGUUAAAGAAGCUAAGGAAAAGGGGAAGAAGUCAUCCCGUGAUUAUCGCCGUGCAGCAAAAUACGAUGUGAUUUCUGUACAGGGCACAGAGAAACUGGUAGAGGCUACUCAUGGAGAACGAGUUCGAAUACGGUAUUAUGUACAUAAAGAAGAGUUGUUUGAUAUUCUUCACGAUACACAUCUCAGUAUUGGACAUGGUGGGCGGACUCGCAUGCUCAAGGAACUGCAAGGGAAAUAUGGAAAUGUCACCAAAGAAGUCAUUGUCUUAUAUCUGACUCUGUGUAAACAGUGUCACCAGAAGAACCCAGUACCCAAGAGAGGCCUUGCACCCAAGCCCAUGACUAUUAAGGACGUGGACUCCAAAUGCCAAGUUGAAAUACUUGACAUGCAGUCAAAUGCCGAUGGCGAGUUCAAGUUUAUUUUAUAUUACCAGGACCACUUGACCAAGUUUAUUAUUUUGCGGCCAUUAAAAACCAAACAGGCCCAUGAGGUAGUCAGUGUCUUGUUGGAUAUUUUCACAAUUCUUGGUACACCCAGCGUAUUAGAAUCUGACAGUGGCAUAGAGUUCACAGACCAGGUUGUAAAUGAGCUCAAUGAGGUAUGGCCAGACCUAAAGAUUGUCCCUGGUAAGUACCAUCCUGGCCAAGGCCAGGCCUCCCUAGAACGAGCAAGCCAUGAUGUAAAGAACAUGAUAAGUGCCUGGGUGCAGAGUAACCACUCAUGUCACUGGGCUGAAGGCCUACGAUUCAUGCAGAUGGUGAAGAAUCAGUCCUUCAACAUUUCCUUGCAGCAGAGUCCAUAUGAAGCAAUGUUUGGUUGUAAAGCCAAAUUUGGGCUAUAUUCCUCAAACUUGCCCCGGGAAACUGUGGCCAUUCUACAAACAGAGGAAGAGCUAGAAAUUGCUGAAGAGCAGCUAGAAAACAGCCUUUGGAUCAGGCAGGAAGAAAGGGCUGAGAUCGGAGCAGACAGAUCUGAUAUGGAUGAAGACAUUGAUCCCACUCCUGAAACUCCAGAGCCUAGCACCUCACAAGGUGCCUCUGGUCUCUUCUGCUGGUGAACAGACACCUGCUGGGUGGACACUCACAGGUGUCUGUGGUCAUUAUACAGCCAUCUGCGAACUGUUGCCAAAGGUCCCAGGGGAAGGGAGUGAAGGCUGCACUCUCAGGUCGAGUUGAACAUGGAAGUCCUUGCUCAAAGGGGAAAAGCAAAUUGGGUCUGUGUAUUUGUUCCUUGGGCUGCCAUAACAAAUUACUACAAGCCUGGUGGCUUAAAACAACAGAAAUUUAUUCUCUCACAGUUCUAGAGUCCAGAAGUCUGAAAUCAAGAUGUCAGCAGGGUUGGUUCCUUCUGGAGGCUCAGAGAGAAUUCAUUCCAUGCCUUUCUCCUUUCUCCAGUGGCUACCUGCAGACAUUGGUGUUCUUUAGCUUUUUGCAAUUUAAGUUCAUUAUCUGCCUCUGUCUUCACAUGGUGUUCUCCUCUGUGUCAGUGUAUUCUUUCAUGUCUUAUAAGGACGCCAUUAGACACCAAAUUCAUGUCAUUGGAUUUAGGGCCCACCCUAAUCGAGGGUGAUCUCAUCUCAAGAUCUUACCUUAAUUACAUCUACAAAGACCCUUUUUUCAAGUGAGGUCACAUUUACAAGUACCAGGGAUUUGAACUUGGAUGUAACUUUUUAGGAUACACAGUUCUCACUACAGUCAAUAGAAGAAUAUGUUUGCCUGCAGAACAAGAACUGAUAGGGUUUAAGAAUGUAGAGUUGGUGGGACUGCCCUACAUAUAUCUAGUACAUAUUCCUGCCCCUCAGACACAUACCCCAAAAGGUGGAGGCAUCAGAUGAAAAGACAUAGAUAAAGGAAAAGUAAUGAGAAGAAUGGGGGUUGAUUCAAAAUGCCCUAGAGUUUGGCCCUAUUUCUUGCUUCAAGAGAAACCGUAUGUGGCAUCCCUGCUCCCAGAGUGGCAUGCACAGGGAACAGUGUGACUUGCCUGAGACAUAUUUUAAAAUUAGGUCAGAAUUAAGGCAUGAUUGCAGUUUGGGUCUGAGUCUAUGCCUCCAGUGUAUAAAAGCAUGUUGUAUUCCUGGCACAGA